GCACUGAGAGUGAGAUUUCAGCCAGCAUCCGAAGGCCACGUUAUUCCUAACGAGAAAGUCGAGGAAUUUCCAGAACAGUACGUUUGCCCCAGAAUAAACAGAAACAUGCUCGGUAAUUCAGAAUUCAAAGUUGGAAAAAUUAGCGAUUUUUCAGAUAGGAAAGUCCAAACCUUCUUUCACAAACUGCAUCUCGUUACGAGAAAUCUACCAGGAAUAUCUGAAUCUAGAACUGGCGUAGCUCAACCACAAAGCAAACUACAUAUCUUAAAUGAGCCUUAUGUUUCGGCAACUCCCGAAUUUGUGAUUAAUAAAGAAACAAUAUCUAUGGUUAUUGCAGAAGAUAAAAGCUUACAAAACGUAAGCCCUAGAAACGAUUUUGGAGAAAUGCAAAUUGCUGGUGAAAUACUUGCUUGCGGAGAUGAAAACAUACGCGAAACUGGUGAACUUUCUGAUCAGGUUUUAUUUGCUGUUCGCUUUAUCUAUGUUACAUUUUACAAAGCCGAAAUUCCCGCGAAAUAUUGGAAUGAGCUUGAUGUGGGCUUACCAAAAAAAUAUUCAGUUGCAAUAAAAAGAUGGCCAGGAGAGAAUAAGAAGCGAAGUGGUCUUGAUCUUGCAGACCCAGAUGGAAGGAAAACAGUGUUUUGCACUGACCAAAAUUCGUCAAUUUCUUUUGAAGUAGGCGAAUCAGUAAGAAUAGCAUAA